AUAGUCCCUGUGCAAGGAUGAUGACACGCAUAAAUCGAGAAAUGGUCCAAAAAAAAAAACGUGGUAGCUCAUGGUGCAACUUGAUGGGGGCACAGACAUGGUGGUGAGCGGCUGAUUUUACAAGGCACAGCUUUGCAAUGCUCAUUACUUAUCAACGUCGCCGCCGCAAUCAUGUUUCUUGUGUGGGAAGUGAUGUAGGCAUUGCAGGCGCUAGUAGUCAUAUGAGAGGAGAGAAGGAAAACAAUGACACCUGGCAGAGGCCUUCGAUUUGCGAUAUGGCGGAGCAGAAUGACCUCGUGACGGGUGACAGCGAUGACGGGCGCGCGGGAGCUGUGACCUUUGUAAGUGAACAUCAAGAAUGUGAAGGGCCCAAGUUGAAAGAGAGGGAGGAGGAUGAGCCUGCGGCUACAGAGAGGGAUUCAUGCCAUACGGGUGAUGAGACAACAUUGUCGGUCUCCACAAUUCCCGGGACCACAAGGCCAACUGAUGGUCCAAGAACGUUAACGUCCUGCCAAGCAAGGGACGAUAUGCGCUCGGGAAAUCUGCCGCUCGGCAAAACCUCUUUUCGUGGAAGGAAUGAUGUGCGCUCAAACCGUGGUAAGAGCAAGGGUUGCGCGGUCGGGAACCGGCAGCGGAAGAUCUCCAGUUUUUUUCUGAAAGGUGCUGCAAGUGAGCAAGUGUCAUUGCCCGUGGCUGGGAAUGAUAAGUCUGGCCGUGGGUAUCGCAGGAUUAUCUCCGAGGGCUGCUUCAAACAGUCAGUGGGGUCCAAGUGGAAGUCAAAGGAGGGAGAAGGGAAGGAGAAUGGCAAUUUGAGCCAUGAGGAGGAAGAAGUCGGCAAACGAGCAGAUCGCUUGGGAGAGGGAUUACAAGAUGCAGCGGCAAGCACGACUAUGAAUUGCCUGGAUUGGCCGGAAGACGAGGGGAAGAAGUGGAUGAAGAAACGCAACAAUGUCUUUGAGAUUUUGAAACUUCAUUCGAAAUCCUCUGCAAUCAAGAGAACCGGCAUCAGGGAGCUGGCUCCAAACAGGGUUUACCAGGAACAAUAUUUCCUUGAUGCAGGGCAGUCUGAUUUUACCUGCACAACAUGCCAUGUCUGUGGACUUGUGUAUGCAAGGGGAGUUGAGCAGGAUGAAAAGGUUCAUAUAAGGAUACAUCGCCGUCAUCUGGAAGGAAUUCGAUUUGAGCUUGGCGAGAUCUUGCGUACAAUUGAGCGGGAGCUUGGGCUUCCAAUGGAAUGGAUGCGGCAGAAGCAUUGUAAGAUAUACCUGUAUGUUGCGACCAAAAGGGUCCUGGGUUGUGUUGCAGCUGAAGCCAUCCGUGAAGCUUUUCCCAUCCUGACUGAGCAGAAUCGGAGUCGUCGUGACCCGGAUGGACGUCUACCAUCGACACCUGAAAGUGGGCCAUCUUCUCAUUCCUCGGGAGGACAAUCCGCAUGCCACACCACGAUGAUCACGAUCCCAUCUCGUAACAAUGGUGCAGGCUAUGAUGAGGAUGUUAGGUGUUGCCUGGAAUCACCUGCAUCUGAUUAUUCUGCGUCUUCUGCAAUGGAUCUGAACCACGAUCGGCAAGAAAGAUGCUUCGCACCAAUUGGUCGAAAGAUUGAUGACCAGGACCAAUGUGACAGAGAGGCCAGGUUCAUGACCUUGGGAAGUGGCAUGAUGGCGGGGAAAAAACGGGACCUCAAUUGGAUGGGGGUUGUCGAAAAUGAGAGUAGUCCAAAGAGGCAAACGAAGGCGACGGCCAUGUUGCGACAUUCUCACCUGAGGCAUCUGUGCAAUGUGAACAAAGCGGCUGAAGAUAGCUGUCAUGACAUGUACACAUCUGCAGAUUGGAGGCCGCAAGGUGUGAAUUGUGAGGAGAAAAGAGGGACUGAGACAGUGGCAGAAGAUGGGGUUGAGAAAUCUAUAGAGGGGGCGAUGAUGCGUUGUGUCAAAUGGGAUGUUAGGAAGGAUCUGGUGAAGGCGGAGGAGUCAUCUGGGAACCGGGCAGCCAUCGACAGGUGUAGUAUGCAAGGGGAUUUUCAUGAUGAUGAUGUUCAGCAUAGCUUGAAGAUCGGUACGGGUAUUAAGGGCCACGAGGAACACCACCAAGGUCCUGCAGAAGCGAAUGCCUGCCAUGGGAGAGGUUGUGGUACCGCACAGUCAGCAAUGGCUUUACGUUGCUGCAAGGACAGGGACGGGGAUAUUCAUGAUGAUGCUGUUCGGUAUAGCUUGCAGAUUGGCAAGGGCCAUGAGGAAGACAACCUAGAAUGUCCUGCAGCAUUGAAUGAGAGAGAUGACGGUACCACACGGUCAGCGAAAGAGGGUGGAUGUUGUUGCUGCAAGGACGGGGACGGGGAUUUUCAUGAUACUGCUGUUCAGUGUAGCCUACAGAUUGGUAAGGGUCAUGAGGAAGGCCAGCGGCAAGAAGGUCCUGCAGCAGCAAAUGGUUGCCGUGAGAGCGAUGACAGUACGACGCGGUCAGCGAAAGAGGGUGGAUGUUGCUGCAAGGAUAGGGAAGGGGGGGGGUAUCAUGAUGCUGUUCGGUGUAGCUUGAAGAUUGGCAAGGGUCAUGAGGAAGGCCGGCGGCAAGAAGGUCCUGCAGCAGCAAAUGGUGGCCACGAGAGAGAUGUCGGUACCACACGGUCAGCAAGAAAGGCUGGAUGUUGCUGCAAGGGUAGGGAAGCCGAGGAGGAGGAUGAAAAUCGCUCUCCAAUGUCCUCUGGCAGGUGCAGGUGUCUGCUAUGUUCCUCUGACGACGGUUCCCGAUCCGGACACGUUGAUGACAGGUCAGCAGAAGAAGCCCAGGAAGGUACCAGUGAUUCCGAACGUAGGGAGAGAGGGUUCGAGAUGGUCGGCGUGAAAGGCCGUGGCGGUCGUAAUGCGCACCUGGGGUCAACUGUGAACUGGCACGGUGGGUCGAUGUUUCGGAACUCGGGAAGUUCUGGCAGCAAGUCAAAGGCGAAUCGUACCCAUCAUGAACGGGGGUCGCGAGUCGGGAAAGUAAUGCGAGCAUUGGUUUGCAGCGAUACGAGCGUAAAGGCUGUCUGUGGAGUGAGAGCAAUUUGGGUAUGGCACCGAGCAAGAAGGAAGGGCAUCGGCUCCAAGCUUUUAGAUGCUGUGAGGUAACCUCUCGUUCUUGUCGUAGCCUGAAGCCAUGCGCUGACUGUGAGUAUAUUACCAUGCUGUUGGAACAACCCUGCCAGGAAUCGAAGUGGCGAGCUCGGGCUAGACAGCCCGACGACACCUUAACCACUGCAACCGCAACCCCUGCGCUCAGAAGUGUAACUGUACUUGUCAUGAUAUCCACACCACCCCUGCAUGGUUGUGCAAGGAAAAUGAGCGAUAGCGGAUUCCAGAAACCAAGCAGCAUCAUACACAUGAAACCAGAUAGUCUUGACCUCGAACCAAAAACAGAUUUAUUUUUUUAUUUUUUUAUUUUUUUGAGACGAUGCUCCAAAAUCU